CUCCCUCGACUCUGACGCAGGCAGGCUGAGCAGAGGGGGGUCACCCAGCGCCGGAGCCGCCCGCGCGGUGGUCGGGGUCCGGGGCCGCGAGCGGGGGGGAUCAGCCCCCGCCCCUCAGUGAGCAGGGGCUGCUGGGACUUGUAGUUCGGGGCAGGGCCAGCCGCGGGCCAUGGAAGGGUCGCUGGCCAGCGGCUCCAGGCUGGGGGAGAUCGGCUUCUGGGCUGAUAGGACGCCUGUUCAUGAAGCAGCCAGGAGGGGAGAGAUCCUGCAGCUGCAGCAGCUGAUAGCAAAUGGUGCCUGCGUAAACCUGGUCACUUACGACUCUAUCACCCCCUUGCACGAGGCGAGCCUGCGCGGUCAGACGCAGUGUGUGAAACUCUUGCUUGCUGCAGGGGCCCAGGUAGAUGCCAGGAACAUAGAUGGCAGCACUCCGCUCUGUGAUGCUUGUGCUUCGGGCAGUAUUGAAUGUGUGAAAGUGCUCCUGUCCCAUGGAGCGAAGGUGAAUCCUCCGCUCUACACGGCGUCCCCUCUCCAUGAAGCCUGCAUGAAUGGGAGUUCGGCAUGCGUGCAGCUCCUGAUAGAUGUCGGUGCGAACCUGGAGGCCCAUGAUUGCCACUUCGGAACCCCUCUGCAUGUAGCCUGUGCCCGGGAGCAUCUGGAUUGUGUGAAGUUACUGCUCGAUGCCGGGGCAAAUGUGAAUGCAGCUAAACUUCAUGAGACAGCCCUUCACCACGCAGCCAAGGUGAAAAAUGCGGAUCUGGUAGAGAUGCUGGUUGAAUUUGGAGGAAACAUUUAUGCCCAAGACAACAGAGGGAAGAAACCAUCCGACUACACAUGUAGGAGCAGCCAGACUGCUAAGUGCUUGGAGUACUAUGAAAAAACGCCCCUGAGUUUGUCGCAGCUCUGCAGAGUUAGCCUGCGGAAAGCCACCGGCCAGCAAGGGCUGGCGAAGAUUGCCAAGUUAAAUAUUCCUCUGCCAUUAAUGAAAUACCUCUCAUACAACUGACCGAAAGAAGGUGACAUUGCAGGACAAUAUCGUUAGACCCCACAAAAUGAAGUAUCUUGAAUCUUUCUCUCUCUCUCCCUCCCUUCCUCUCCCCAUAAGAAGUCCCUUUAAUUUAAGUUAAUUUAUGUAAAUACUUUUUCUGAGGCAGCACAUCCCCCCGCAUCCCAUCAUGUGACUGAGAGUUUUGACAAAGACAAUCACUUAGAUCUUGUGUAGAUCCAGGGUUUUACUAAUAAUUAGGGCUGUCAAGCAUUUAAAAAAAUUAAUUGUGAUUAAUCAUGUGAUUAUUUUUUUUAAUUAAUCGCGCUGCUAAACAGUAAUAGAAUACUAUUUAUUUAAAUAUUUUUGGAUGUUUUCUACAUUUUCAAAUAUAUUGAUUUCAUUUACAACACAGAAUACAAAGUGUACAGUGCUCACUUUAUAUUUAUUUUUUAUUACAAAUAUUUGCACUGUAAAAAAACAAAAUAAAUAGUAUUUUUCAAUUCACCUCAUACAAGUACUGUAGGUGCAAUCUCUUUAUCAUGAAAGUUGAACUUACACAUGUAGAAUUAUGUACAAAAAACCCCUGAAUUCAAAAAUAAAACAAUGUCAAACUUUAGAGUCUACAAGUCCAUUCAGUCCUACUUCACCCAAUCACUCAGACAAACAAAUUUGGUUACAAUUUGCAGGAUAUAAUGCUGCCCUCUUCUUCUUUACAAUAUCACCUGAAAGUGAGAACAGGUAUUCGCAUGGCACUGUUGUAGCUGGCGUCGCAAGAUAUUUAUAUGCCAGAUACGCUAAAGAUUCAUAUGUUCCUUCAUGCUUCAAUCACCAUUCCAGAAGAUGUGUCCAUGCUGAUCACGGGUUCUGCUCGAUAACAAUCCAAAGCAGAACAGUCUGACGCAUGUUCAUUUUCGUCAGCUGAGUCAGAUGCCACCAGCAGAAGGUUGCUUUUCUUUUUUGUGGUUCGGGUUCUGUAUUUUCUGCAUCUGAGUGUUGCUCUUUAAGAUUUUUGAAAGCAUGCUCUACACUUUGUCCCUCUCAGAUUUUAGAUGGUACUUCAGAUUCUUAAACCUUAGGUCGAGUGCUGUACCUAUCCUUAGAAAUCUCACAUUGGUACCUUCUUUGCGUUUUGUCAGAUCUGCAGUGAAAGUGUUCUUAAAACAAACACGUACUGGGUCAUCAUCCGAGACUGCUAUAACAUGAAAUAUAUGGCAGAAUGCGAGUAAAACAGAGCAAGAGAUAUACAAUUUCCCCCCAAGGAGUUCAGUCACAAAUUUAAUUAACACAUUUUUUUUAACGAGCAUCAUCAGCAUGGAAGCAUGUCCUCUGGAAUGGUGGCCGAAGCAUGAAGGGGCAUACGAAUGUUUAGCAUAUCUGGCAAGUAAAUACCUUGCAACACCAGCUAUAAAAGGGCCAUGCAAAUGCCUGUUCUCACUUUCAGGUGACAUUGUAAAUAAGAAGCAGGCAGCAUUAUCUCCUGUAAAUAUAAACAAACUUGUUUGUCUUAGCAAUUGACUGUACUAGAAGUAGGACUGAGUGGACUUGUUAGGCUCUAAAGUUUUACAUUGUUUUAUUUUUGAGUGCAGUUAUGUAACAAAAAAAAUGUACAUUUGUAAAUUACACUUUCAUGAUAGAGAUUGCACUAUAGUACUUGUAUGAGGUGAAUUGAAAAAUACUACUUUUUUAUAGUGCAAAUAUUUGUAAUCAAAAAUAAAUAUAAAGUGAGCACUGUACAUUUUGUAAUCUGUGUUAUAAUAGAAAUCAAUAUAUUUGAAAAUGUAGAAACACAUCCAAAAUAUUUAAUAAAUUUCAGUUGGUAUUCUAUUGUUUAACCGUGCGUUUAAUCACGAUUAAUUUUUUUGAGUUAAUUGUGUGAGUUAACUGCAAUUAAUCGACAGCCCUACUAGUAAUCUUUUUACACUAGAGAUCCUGCCAGAUCACUACCCCCAUUGGAGUCUACUCUACAAUGCCUUGUGUUCCUGAAGGGGUAAUGGCUAAUCACAAAGGUAGUAGGGGAUAAUUAUCUGGGUGCCCUAAUUAGACACAAAUUUCACUUUUAGGCCAGAGGCUGUCAGCGGGCCUCCCAAGUCAUGCAAUGCAAUUCUCGGCAGGCCUCAUCCAAAGCCCAUCACAAUCCCUGGGUGUCUUUCCGGUGACUUCAUUGGAUCUGCCCUCACAAUUUUGGAGGUGCAGCCUACUGAGAUAACAACCAAUCCCAGCAUGCAGUGCUCCAUCUGGAUCUGAGCGACCAGUCUGAUGGCAGCGCAGCCAUCUCAAUUUGAUGUAAAAAUAGUUUCAGCCCACCGAUUCUGGCAGGUGACCAAGGCAGCAACGGUCUUAGGCAAUAUUUGGGCACCCUGUCAACAGGCCAGAUUUUAUCCUCAGAGGAGCACUUUGCAGCACAACUGUACAAUCUGAUAACAAAUCCAUUCAUGCACCAAUGACCAGAGGCGCCGACUUCGAGAGGUCCUGGGGGGUGCUUGACCUCCAGGCCCUGCCCCCACUCCACCCCUUCCUCCAAGCCCCCUCCCCCACCCUGCCUCUUCCCACCCUGUUUUCCUCCUUCCCCCCAGCGCCCCCUGCACGCCACUGAACAGCUGAUCACCGGCGGGCAGGAGGUGCUGGGGGUGGGGGAGCUGGCUGCCAGUGGGUGCUGAGCACCCACUAAUUUUUUCCAUGGGUGCUCCAGCCCCUGAGCACCCAUGGAGUCGGUGCCUAUGCCAGAGACAAGGAUGCAUCGAUGAGCUCUGACUAGGCUUUUAAGAUUUUUCACUCUGAGGUUGCCUCUUGUUUCAGCUACUCCUUUAGAUGUUUGCCCUGGCACAGCCACAGGGUCUGGUCCCCUGACAUAUUGCUGCAUAUUGUCAAUGUUGAUUUCCUCUGUUCUUUACAAACUGUCACAGCGUCCUUUUGAUAUUUAAUCCUUUUGGGUGAGGUUAGAUUAGAAGCAGAGCAAAAGUCUUAGUCUUCCUUAACAUGUGCGAUUUCAUUGACCUGAAAUCUGAAGGCAGCUGGCCACUUUAGUGGGUACAGCAUUAGCAGGAUCUAGUCUUCUUGAUGCAUGUCUGGUAAGUCUUAGCACAUUAAGAUCAGAAUAAAACCCAUCCUCUUAAUGAUCCUGGGCUCGUGGAACCCUUUAAGGGUGUCUAACAUGGCAUAAAACUAGAUCAGGUUUCAGAGUAGCAGCCGUGUUAGUCUGUGUCCGCAAAAAGAACAGUACUCUUGUUCUUUUAACUAAAUCAGUGGUUCUCAAAUGCUGUCACAUGGUGGACUGCUACUUAAAAUCUUAUAGCUUACUCCUCCCCCCCGGCCAUCAAUCUUAAUCUUACACUUUCCCUGUUGCAACCGUAGUGCUAUGCUACAUGGGGAAAAUAGUAUUAGGGCAGUAUUAAGAAGAUGAGAUGAAAAUAUUUUCAAUUUAAAGGUGACCUGCAAAUGAUUUUUUAAACAUUGGGUUCAUGACCCCCCUUCUUCCCCUCCUCCCCCCACUUUUCAUUUUUCUGCUGCAUGGGUAUAUAAAGAAAACCUGAAGGGUUUUUCGUAGAUAUAUAAAAUUCUGCUUGGAUUUUUACAUUGGAAAUAUCAAGUUUGCCGGGUUUUGCUGGAGAAGCUUUGGGAGGUCUUAGAGAUGUGUAGUGUGGGCUCUUUCUCCUUAACUGGAGAGACAAGGCAGUUGAAUCUUUAACAGAAGCUUCCUGUAUCCAAAAAUGUGAAUUAGUCAUUGGAGUCAGAGGGGGGGCCAGAACGCUAAAUGAAAACCAAACUGUUUUCAUCAGUCUGGCUCAAAAUCCCUCCCCAUCUCAGCAGCUCAGUCUUCACUAUCUUGUCCCAUUUCACUAGGUCUCCAGUCACCACAGGGUCUUCAGCUCUGACAGGACCUGAAUUUCCGAUAUAAAAAAAUCAAGCAGAAAAAAACAAAUCCCUUUCAUGUCAUCUUUAUUUUCUCCUUUGCAAGUCACUUCCAGUGUGAGUGCCACUGCUUGGUUAUGUCUCUCUUCUAUUUUAUCUGCGCUGUUCAUUUCCUCUCUCUGGCCUUCUGGGAAUUUAUCCUCAGCCUCUCUCAUCCCAUGUGAUCAUAGUUGAAUGUACACCAAAAAAGGAGCCAAUAAAGACUUAUCAAUAGA